UGUUUGCUUAAUUUAUUUUGCACUCCGCUUUAUUUACUAAGUGUUAUCAUUUAAUUUUCAAGCACAUUUAUUUACAUUUAUUGCUCAAUAAAUCAGUUGUUAUUCUAUUGCGACUGAGUAAUGACGGGAAAAGUACAAACCGUUUUGGGCCCCAUCAAACCAGCAGAUGUGGGCCGAACACUCACUCACGAGCACUUGGCAAUGGAAUUUACACAUUUCUACCGCCAGCCACCACAUAUCAUCGCAAAUAAGUUUAACUCUGGCUUCUCAUUGGAGAAAGUGGGCUACCUGAAACAAUAUCCAUACAGCUCUGAGUACAAUCUAGUACUGAAUGAUGAGAGCUCACGAAUCGCAGUAUUGAAUGAUGUAAAGGAAUAUAAAAGGUGUGGUGGAGGAACUAUAGUAGAAAACUCAACGGAAGGUCUGCAUAGAGAUGUAAAAUUCUACAAAUAUAUAUCUCAAGAAACUGGAGUACAUAUCGUCGCUGGCACUGGAUACUACAUAGAAGACGUACAAGACAGAAACUUGCUGAAUAUUAGUGGGGAGCAGAUGUAUGAACACAUGUUGAAGGAGCUGACCAAGGGGUGUGCUGGUGAUGUUAAUAUUAAAGCUGGUUUUAUGGGAGAAAUUGCCAGCGUUUGGCCUUUGAGAGACUUUGAACGGCGAGCAAUACGAUCAGCAGGCGAGCUUCAAGCCCAGCUAGGCUGCGGGGUGAGCUUCCAUCCACAUAGAGAGCCAGACGCGCCGUUUGAGAUCAUACGAUUGUACCUCGAGGCUGGCGGGCAGAAAGACAAGGCUGUCAUGUCACAUUUGGACCGUACUCUUCUCGAAGACUCCAAGCUCCUGGACUUUGCAGAACUAGGCACAUAUUGCCAGUUCGACCUGUUCGGCGUCGAAGUGUCCUACUAUCAACUGAAUAUAACAACUGACAUGCCAUCUGACGCUCAGCGUUUGGACAAGAUUGAUUUGUUGAUCCGAGAGGGCAAAGAGGACAGAGUGCUGAUGUCACAUGAUAUACAUACUAAGCAUCGAUUGAUCGACUUCGGCGGACACGGAUAUUGCCACAUCAUAAACAACGUACUGCCCAGAAUGUUGGCGCGUGGAGUCUCGCAACAGAUCAUAGAUAAGAUUACCAUCGACAAUCCUGCGAGGUGGCUUAGUAUGAAAGUGUAAUGGUUUAAAGUUUUAAUUAACUAAUAAUUUAUACAAUAUAAAAAGAUAAAUAUGAAAUAUAUACGGUGCUUACAUGAAUAUAAGAAAUCAGUACGUAAUUCAAUGAUCUUACAUACGUUAUGCGUAAUAUUACACGUUGGUCAGAAAAAAUAUAGUAAAGU